GUGACGCGAGCGGACGGCCAUAUUGCUUUCCGCCAGGCGCCGUAGCGAAUGUUCGCCCACUUGACAUUUGCAGUUUUGGAAAACAGAUCAUGACCUACUCAAGUGUAUGAAGGAAUCUCCUGUUAUAGUGUAGCAUAGUCAGAGGUUACAACCGGACAAUGGCUGGAAGCCGACUUGAAAAGUUUGGCACCAUAUUCACGCGGAUGGGCGAUUUAAUUCGCGGUGGAGUUGUGAAAGCAAAGGAUGUUCCUGUCUGGUAUGAUGUAUACGCUGCUUUUCCACCGAAGAAGGAUCCUCUGUACGUGAAGCCAAUGGCUAAGAGAUACGGGAAAGUGACAGUAACUGUGCCUGAAAUAUUCUACAAGGAGGAUGAGGUUCGCGCAAAAUUUUAUGCAGUUUACGGGACUGGACCGAGGGCUUUUGAGCUUAGUAAACCCAACUUUAUCUCCACCUGCCAACGGUUUGUGGAGAAGUACGGCGAGCUGGAGAAACAGGGCGAGGUGCCGGAAGAGGCGCUGUUCGAGGAGACGGGGAGGGCUCUCCUGGCAGAAGGAGUCAUGCUCCGGAGACGAGGCGGACCCUCGGUGGCGCCAGAGAACCGGGACCCUGUUCUGGGAAUGAGGCUAAAGGACAUGCUAUCAGAGCUGCAGACAGACACGGCUGGAAAGGCACAGGCAGAGGGGGAGCAGGUACAGGGGGAGAGCACAGGGACGCCUCACUGAGACAUUUUGCCCAACGACUGGCACAUGGCCCAAUCAGAUUCCAUCCCCGUGCUGUCACUCCAUGCGAGGCCAGACGGCAGUGGUGAAGCAGCAGUGUUUUUGGUAAGCUCUGCCUUCCUCUCAUAGCAGGUCACUGCUAUCUGAAUGCACUUCUGGAUCCACAUGUAGUGUUUUUUUGUUCUGAAAAUCCUUUCCACGCCAGACCGGACUGGACUCAUAACUCAAAGCUCCCCCCCCCCCUCCCCUUCACCACCACCACAUGCUUCAUUGUUGCCCUGACGACGUCCUCACUGACCUUCAACUGCAGGUGGUUUGAAUACGGGUCCAUUCUUGGACGACGCUGAACCACGCAGGACCGACCAGCUGGUCUCACUGUCCCUUAUCCCAUGGACCUUGAGAUGAAGAACAAUUGUUUGCGGGGGGGGGGGGGGUUUCAUAACCUGGAACACUUUUUGGCCUUUUUCAGAAUGCACGUGUUGGGACUUUCUGAUGCAGUGACUCAGUGUACUAUUGAUACACCAAUGUUCCAGUGUACAGUUGUUACACCAAACAAACCUGUUUGCUGUUUGUCUUGUGGCCAUUAUUGGCUACAGUGACCUGAUGGGAAUGUCUGUAACUUGUGUGGUCAUUAAACAGUUUCCACAUGCUUGUCA